AUGUCUUCUCCCGGCCGUAGCUUUUCCCAGCACAACUCCUUUGAGGCCGAGACCGAGAUGGGUGGAGAUAAGAGUGCGAAGUCCCUUUUCGUUCACGACACGCCGGAACCAGAUAGCAUCGAGGACAACGACGAAACCACAGGAAGUGAUCAGAAUCUGGCGGGAGGUGGCCAGGAAACGAUUCCCGCUUCCCCAUUUGAUCUGCCUCUCCCCGAGAAAGAUAAGUCUACCCACCCUCCCGUUGAAGAAAACAUCCCCGAUGAUGCUCAGGACUCUGCCGUUGAGGCCGCUGGUCCGGGCAACGAUCAGGAAGCGCUGGAAAAUCCGGUCUCAGCCAACGCCGCCGAAGGUAGUGCUGCUAUACGACGCAAGCUGGAAGAGUUGCAACGCGAGAUGUUCAAUCAGUUCAAAGAUAUGCCCGUUAGUACCGAUCAGCACUCCCACGACGACGAAGCUCAGCCCGAGCCUCUCAUGCUGUUUGGGGAGGUUCUUGAUCCUGCUCCAACAUUCCCUUCCGUUCAUCAACCGCCUACCGAGUCUAUGACCUCCAGAUUCCUUACGAGCGGCCUAGGACAACUUGCACGCGAGGAUGACGAUCCUGGAAGCAGCCUGGAUCUUGAUGAUGAUGAUGACGAUGAUCGCUCGGUCUCCGCUCCAUCUAGCGUUAAGAAAUCCAGCGAAUCUUCGCGUAAGCGCAGCACCAGCACUUCUGAAGACGACGAGAGACCAACUCGUCUGAAGCAAACAGCCCGAAGAUCCGUAAAGCGCAAGCAGCGAAAAGCCCAAGAUGACGAAGACUUUCGCGAAAGCCACAAAUCUUCCCGGCGCGGCCGGAAGAGCAAGAACAAUGCCAGCGGUAAUCAGAGGGAUAGUAACAAUAUCAACGGACCAUUAUUGAUGGGUACAAAUGUCUUCCGCAGUCAACGGCAGACUGCAAAUCUUCCCGAGCCCACCCGAUUUGCCCAUGAUGCCAAGGACAGAAGUAAAAUGACAGCAUUCAAAUCAUACAUCAAAGCUGCUUUACCAGAACACAAGGCUGCAGCUAAGAAGGAUUGCCAGACGCUGAAUUCCGCUCUACGCAAAUUUGACGGCCAGGGAGCUGUGAGAGCCAAGCUUGAUGAUGGGACGUGGCUUUUGAGAGGAAUGACCACGGGACUGAAGCCGUUCCAAGUGGUGGGUGCGGCUUUCAUGCGGCAUCGCGAAAAAUCGGAAUCUGUUCGGGGCGGCAUCAUGGCAGAUGAAAUGGGCCUCGGAAAAACUGUUCAGACGUUGGCAAACAUCAUGAACAACUUGCCAAAUUUGCUAGAGGAGGGACCGCGAGCCACUUUGAUCGUUGCAAGUCGAGCAAUACUGGCCCAAUGGCAGGCAGAGCUGAGGAAGCAUUGCAAAUCACAGGUUGGACGUGACAGAGACCGCAGGUACGGCUACGGCAAAAUUGUCACUCAUUACUCCGGGCACCGACUUAAGAUGCAAGACGAAGAACUCAUUGCAGAGCUUGAAGAUGCUCACAUUGUCUUCACGACAUAUUCGGAGAUUUCCGCCAGCUUUCCGCAAGCAAGCCCACCAAUCUAUCUGACCACUGCGGAAGAGAAGAGCCGGUGGUGGAAUGACCACUAUGAGAAGGAUAAGGGUGUUUUCCUCCGCGCUCGGUUCCUCAGAGUCGUCCUCGAUGAGGCGCACUGCAUCAAGAAUCACGACACCCGGAUCUCGCAAGCUUGCAGGCACAUCGAUGCCGUACACAGAUGGGCGUUGACCGGGACGCCUGUCCUCAAUGGAAUCUCGGAGUAUUACGCUUUAUUUCUGUUCCUUAAGGUGCCUCUCACAGGCUCAUUUCAGAUAUUUAAGGAAAAUUUCUGCGAAGAUUUUGAAGGAUCACAAAGGCUCACUGCUCUCUUGAGCAAGUACAUGAUUCGCCGCACCCAUAGCAGUACAUUCUGCGGCGCCAAGCUGUUGUCCCUGCCAAGAGCAAGUGGAGCGGUGCUUUAUCUUGAGUUUACCGAAGUUGAACGUACUAUUUACGAUAUCGUCACGAAGCGUUUCAUCGACGAGAUCAACAGUAUCUUGUUGUCUGACGAGACUCAGAAGCAACGCUGCAGACAUAUCUGGACCCUCGUUCUACGGCUCAGGCAGAUCACAUCCCAUGUCCUUCUAGCACAAGAGACCAUCACGAGCCUCUUCCAAUUGGAAGAUUAUGAAAAGCUCAAUCGGGUUGCUGUGAAUGCGACCAGGGCUGCUGGACCUUCGGAUGAUAGGCUACUUCGCCAGAUCGCCCACGCGCUGGAUAUGGCAAAUCCAGAACAAACACAGGCACUUGGCGGAAGCGAUCACAACGAAGUCAUGCAGCGACUCGCAGAUAUACCGCCGGCAGCCCACGUUUCCAACACUGGUGGAAAUCAUGGACGAUCGGCAGAUUUCACGCCAUACAUCUCUGAAGUAAGAAGUUCUACGAAGUGGCAGGAACUUCUGAGGAAUAUCGAAUGUGCCGGAUGCCAUCAAGUGCCUCGGGAUCCUAUGAUUACAAGUUGCUUCCACGUCUACUGUGCUAAUUGCAUCACUCGGCUUCAGCAUGACGCUGCUCGUGCUGGGCAUGGUCAGGCAAUGUGCUUGAUCUGCCAAACUCCGUACACAAGCGUGAAGGAUUGCCUCAAGGCAUUGGAGGAGGUUGAAGAAGAGGAUGGAGAGAGCGAUAGUGGUGCUGCGAAACCCCGCAAGAACAGCUCGCUGCCGUCAUGGCUCACGUUACCUGGAGAGAUGAUUUCAUCGGCCAAGACCCGAGGCGUGAAGAUGCAGAUCCUCAAGUGGCUCAGCGAGGAUCCAGACGUGAAAAUAAUCGUAUAUACUCAAUUCAUCCAUCUUGUGCACAUCAUGGCACGAAUCUGCAGAGAGGAAGGCUGGCGUUAUGUGACCUACCACGGCGGCAUAGACCAUGAUGCAAGAGAGAAAGCGAUUGUCGAGUUCUCCGACCCAGAGCAAUCUAAGAGCAUCAUGCUGGCAUCGCUCAAAUCCGGCGGACAAGGACUAAAUCUCACAGUCGCGGCACGGGUCAUAAUCGUCGAUCCCUGGUGGAACUCAGCAAUCGAGCAGCAAGGCUUCUGCAGAGUCUACAGGAUCGGUCAAAAUCGUACGAGCCAGCUGUGUAGGCUGGUCGUUCGUAACACCAUCGACGAGAAAAUGGAGGAAAUCAAGCGUCGCAAGGACCUCGAAAUCAACUCCGUCAUGGAUAAUCCGUCACUCUCAGAGUCUCUGGGCUUUAACGAGCUACUAGAGAUCUUCGGACAGGUGGGACACGAUAGUGGUGGGCGUCCGUUUAUUAUUGCCAACUCGGAAGUCCAAGGGAAUUCUCGGAGGCCUCGUAGCGGAAGCACUAUUGCGAAUCAGCUGGACCGCGAAGGCCACUUUACGGAUGAGCCAUGA